AUGGAUCCCGAAACAGAUGGGGUACUGAAAUUGCCCACAAAAAAUCUCAUCGAUCCCACCGGCUUCGAUGUGACUAUGACGGCAGUACUGAUCGGCUUAGGAGCUGAAAAAUAUAUUGAUGUUUUUAGAAAACAUAAUAUUGGUCAAUGCACUUUGAUGGAAUUAAAUGAUGAGGACUUGACAAUACUAGGAGUAGACGAUCCUUCCAUAAGACGUAAAUUAAUUGAAGAAGUGAAGAAUCUUCCAACGUACGAUGAAACAAAGCAAACGGCUCAAAGUAAUAACUUAGAUCUCAUUGAAAUAAUAGACGUGAUAGAAGAAAGCACCCAACACCUUUAUAGGAUAUAUUUAAGUAUGAUGACAAAUACACUUGCUCUUAAAAAGAACAAAGUGGAGGAUUAUCUCAUUGAAAAAGAUAAAUAUGCAUCAAAUAUUUCAAUAUCCACACUCAGUGAAAUGACUAAUAUAUUAAAUUCUAUGGACAUUGCAUUGCACAGCCAAAUUAAAGUACUAUCACAGAGGUCCAGAGAAAGAAGAAAUAAGAAAAUCAUAGUUGGUACAGUUGGGUGUGCCGUUAUUGCCGUCUUAACAAUUUGUUUUGUAAAAUCCUUACAACAUAUUAAUUAA